AUGCCGCCCCGCCGGCAACCGCCGCCAGCGUCUGGGCCCUGGGGCCCGCGCCCCGCCGUCCUGCUGCUCGCGCCGCUGCUGCUGCUCACCCAGCAAGGGGUAGCGGCGGCACCCGUGGGGGCCGAGGGACCGGAGGACUCCCCCGGGCUCCAGGACGCGGAGUUCCCGAGCGGACUCCUGCAGCAGGCGGCGCGCGCGGCGCUGCACUUCUUCAACUUCCGUGCGGGCUCGCCCAGCGCCCUGCGAGUGCUGGCCGCCGUGCUGGAGGGCCGCGCCACGGUUAAUCCAAAGAAGGGAUGUCAGGUGGACCUGGUGUUUACCACAGAUCACUAUAACCCAGAGGUUGGUGAGGAGCAUUUGGGGAAAUGUUCUGCUCGAGUAUUUUUCAGGAACCAGAAACCCAGACCAGCUAUUAAUGUGACUUGUACACGGCUCAUUGAGAAGAACAAAAGACAAGAAGAGGAUUACCUGCUUUAUAAGCACAUGAAGCAACUUAAAACUCCCCUGGAUGUCACCAGCAUACCUGAUAGUCACGGACAUAUUGAUCCCUCUCUGAGACCCAUUUGGGAUUUGGCUUUUCUUGGCAGCUCUUACGUGAUGUGGGAAAAGACAACCCAGUUUUUACACUACUACAUGGCACAGAUCAGCAGUGUUAACCAAUGGAAAACCAAUGACGACACAAUUGAUUUUGAUUAUACCGUUCUACUCCAUGAAUUCUCGACACAGGAAAUCAUUCCCUGUCGCAUUCACUUGGGCUGGUACCCUGGUAAACCACUUAAAGUGAAGUACCACUGUCAAGAGCUACAGACGCCAGAAGAAGCCUCUGGAACCGAAGAAGGUUCAGCUGUGGCACCAACAGAGCUUAAUAAUUUCUGAAAAGAAAAAAGGAUCUGCUUAUACCAAAUUCUAAAGUGAGGAUAUUUAAAUAGCCUAAAUAAUUACUCUGCUAAAAUAGGUAGGGUAGUCUAAUAUUUGAGAAAGCCUGAAAAUACAAUACUCAAAAAUUAAAAAUUAAUGAAAAGAUGGGGUUUUGUUGUUCGAUUAGUUUGGUUUAUUUAAUUUUGGGAACAUAGGCAUACACUGAACUCUGCUCAGUGCUUAACAGUCUCUUCCAUGGGUUUCUCAGGGUUUUAGCCCUAAAAUGUAAAAAACACUCAGUAUAUGCUAUAAUUAGAUCAAUAAGUACUUAACAAAGCAGAACAAAACCAUUGAUGGUCUCACCUCUGUAUUUCUCAUUACUUUGAACGAAGUCUAACCCAACUAUUUUCUAAUGCUGAAUUCCUUCUACCUAGGAUGUAAAAAAGAUAAUAUAUCUCAAUGAAAGCAAAUUAUGGGGAAAAUGUUAUCAAUUUAGAAGGAACUUUUUUAUCACUUCAAGCAAGUAUUCUUUUUUAAUAUCUACUUUUAAAUAAAUGUUUACAUUUCUAUAUAAAAUGUGUUCAGUAUGUGGAGAUUUAUAUACAUAUGCAAAAUUUGUGCUAAAGUGAAGUAACUUUUAAUAUUGCUUAAUUCAAAUAUUAUAAAUAAAAGUGUUUCACAGAUAAA